AAUUGAUUUAGCGAUGGCUGAGAAGUGUGAAUCAGAGAAAGCUUCAAGCUCUUCACCGAACCUGAUAUGUCCAUUAUGUCUUGAUAUAUUUGUCGAGGCGACAAUCCUGACUUCAUGUGGACACACAUUUUGUAGGCGAUGCCUCAAAGAAUACGAUCUAACCCACCAGGACCUUGAUCACAUGGUCUGUCCUCUCUGCAGGGAGAUCACCAAGUUGUCUGACAACCGUGUCGAUGAUCUACGCCUCAAUGUCUCCAUCAACGGAUGCGUAGACGAUUACCACGCCAAGCGGGGAGGGAUGAAUGCUGUCCUCGAGAUGCGACAAAAAUGCACCUCUUGCAAGUCUCAGAAAGACGCUGUGUCAUUCUGCAGAACAUGUACUUUUUACAUGUGUGAAAAGUGCUUGCACUCUCAUCAACAGCUUGUAGUGAUCUUUGGAGAUCAUAAGAUUGUAUCCAUUGAUGAUGUUAUCGAAGGGAAGGUUAGCAUAGGUAAUUUAUUCGAGAAGUGCUCUAUCCACAAACAAGAAAACAAAGAUAUGUUUUGUGAUGAUUGUAAGUUCCACGUUUGUCAAAAGUGCGUACUCGUUGGUCAUAAAGCUCAUGAAAUCAAGAACCAGGUUGACUUUGAACAGGAGUUGCGACGGAAGGUGGAAGACCUUGCCCAGCGCUGUGCUGACAAGAAAACAGAGCUGGAAAAGAACAUUCAAAACAUAGAAAUACAACGUCAUGAGGUACACACUGCAGUACAGACACUAUUAGAUGAUGUCAAGCAAGCCUACAGUAUCAAGGCCAAACAGUUGGAAAAAAAUCUUCGAAAUCUCACGGAGCAACUUAAUGCUUUAAAGCGAAGUUUUAAUGACAACCUCAACGUCUUGAAGUCAAAAGAUCGUCAGAGGAUCAAGAGUAUUUGUAGUUCAAUUACUUUGGUAGAUAAUGGCAGACUGGGUCAUCUUGAGACAGACACUCUAUCUGCUCAUAUCUUGCUCUGUAAGGAACUAGAUUCCAUGCUGAAGGAGGCUACCGAUCACACUUCUGCGGAAGCAAUUAAGAAGAAAGCACAGGAGAAGAGGUUCAAACCAGCAGAUGAUACUCGCCUUGACCUCGGGAGCAUCUCAGAAUAUACUUAUCAUCCAUCUACGGCAACCUUAAAGAAGAAAUCACAGGAGAAGAUGUUCAAACCAGCAGACGAUACUUGUCUUGACCUCGGGAGCAUCUCAGGAUCAGAUCCCAAGAUGGAAGUCAUUCAGUGCGUUGAUCUACGGGAAGCGAUUCACGGUAUGGCACGGUACUCCCAUAGCAGUGUCGCUAUCGGGUAUGGGUGGACUGCACGAGGUAUUGGUAUCAUUGAUUCAAAUGGUGGAAAGCAGUGGUAUAGAAACAGACCCUUUAGUGACAUGAAAUGUUAUGAUCUGGUGUUGAAACGGGACGGGACGUUUUGCAUGUCCACUGCUUCUACAUCAGAAGCCUAUAUCUACUCUCACAUUGGCUUCAGGAAAGCAACAAUCCACGUGAGAGACAAUGGACAUUUUCUCAAAGUGAAUAGAAGUCCAUCAGAUGAAAUCAUCAUUACUAACUGUGGAAACCUAGUAUAUAUCUAUGACCCGACGGGAUCCACUCUUAAACACACUGUUCAAACAAAGCACAGGACGUGGCAGGCAUCUACCACCAGGACGGGUUUGAUCGUCACGAGUUCAUGUUUGGACGAUCCAAGUGUGGUGACGGUCUAUGGCAGGGAUGGGAAUGCUGGUGAGUCACUUCAAGCUCCACGGGGUGUCUACCUGUAUGCUGCCGUGGAUGAGCAGGACAGGGUGUAUGUAGCGAGUGUUGAUAUGGAUAAUAGUAGCGUCGUGAUCAGGCUCUAUGAUCUUGAUGGUGUGAACCUGAAGGAAAGAGUUGAGUUUCAUCCACUUGAUAUGGAAUCGGAAGGUUAUCAUUGUAAUGAGUGUUACGUGGAUUCUCUCUCCACAGACAUGCUCGCCUUUGCUUGUAACAAGAAGUUAUAUUUUAUCAAGGUAUCACUGUAAUCCACGUUAUAUCACACCAUGUAGUAUUGAAACUGACGUGCU